AGGGCCGUGAUACAACACGAUGGAUCGAUCCAUUGGGAGCCAGGAGGGGUGUUUAAAACAAUUUGCGAGAUCGAUAUAACUUAUUAUCCGUUUGAUGAACAGUGUUGCACCAUAACUUUCGGAGCCUGGUCCUACCACACAUCCAAAAUGAACCUGACAAACAGCAUCGAUAAAGUUAACCUGGAGUCGCUGGAGAGAAAUGGGGAGUGGGACAUUUUUAGGACGGUGGCUCUUAGAAGGGAGGUCAACACAACGACGUCCAACGAAAGAGUGGCCAACGUUGAAUUCCGGAUCUUCAUGCGUAGGAGGUACACGUUCUACAUCCUGAACGUCAUCGUGCCCUCUCUCAUGACCUCCAUCAUCCUCCUCUCCGUCUUCUUCUCCACUCCCGCUCAAAAGGUCCAGAUCGGAGUAGUCGUCCUGCUGUCCUUCCGGAUCCUGUUGUUGAACGUCACAGAUAGCAUUCCAAAGACAUCCGAACACAUACCUCUACUAGGUGUGUACCUGACCUUGACGAUGGGAAUCACAACUCUGAGCAUGGUACUGACAGUGUACGUCCUCAAUUUGUACGCCGUGACAGACCGACCCGUGCCACGCUGGGCAGAAGAGCUGUGGCGAAAAGUUGCUGAAAUCGUCGACAGAAUGUUUUUUUGGAUUUUUUUGAUUGCAAUAGCAGCUAGCACGUUGUAUUUGUUGCAUCCUUGUGUCGUAUGA